AUGCUACUGGUGCGGGGACUUUCCGGGCAAGAGCUGGCUGCUGUUCACGCGGAGGACUUUCGCGAUGUUCGGGCUUUGAAGCAGCACUUGCGCAAACUGCACAGCCACCCGGUGAGCCUGCAACAGCUUGUACGUGAGGGCAGCUGUUUGAAGGAUGAUGAUCGAGUCGACUCAGCAACGGAGCUUCAGCUGGUACUGCUCUCCUCCGUCAGCGAUGUGCAGAGUUGGCAAGCAGGCGCCGAGCUUGUGGACUAUGCUGCCCGUAUUGGUGAUCUCCAGGCAACACGAUCUUUGCUGCAAGCAGGAGCGAAAACUGACUUGCGAGAUGAUGCUGGCCAAACAGCUCUUAUGCAUGCCGCCUGGGGCGGCCAUGUGCAAAUCGUGCGUUUGCUUGUGGAGCUUGGUGCUGACAAGGACAUGCUGAGCUUUGGCAUCACCUAUGGCAUGUCAGCUCUUGGCAUGGCAGCUCGCAGAGAAAGACUUGACAUCGUUCGCCUCUUAGUGGACGCUGGCGCUAACAAGGACCUGCAGGAUCUUAACGGAAGAACAGCGCUUAUGCAUGCAGCGAUUGACGGCCACAAAGCGAUCGCAUAUUUGUUGAUGGAUGCCGGAGCUAGCACGAGCUGGCAGGACUCUGACGGCAGAACGGCCCUCAUGCAUGCGGCCGCCAACGGACACAUUGGCAUCGCUCGCUUGCUUGUACAAUUCGGCGCGGACAAGGACUCUCAGAGUACUGGUGGCGUGACUGCUCUCAUGCUUGCCGCGGCUUACGGCCACACUGAGAUCGCACGUCUGCUGGUGGAUGCUGGCGCUGACAAGGAGUUGCAGGAUAUUCACGGCCGAACAGCUCUUAUGUACGCAGCAUUCGACGGCCACACUGACAUCGCUAAUUUGCUGGUGAAUGUUAGCAAUGGAGCGGACUUGCAAAUGGUUGAGCGGGGAAAGUCUUUGGUGGUUGCUGCAGCACGCGCAAAUUGGUUGCAGCCUUUAGCAGCUGGGCUGACAUCGUGUGUUUAUUGCGUCUCCUGGUGCAUGCUGACGCUUGCACGAACCUGCCGAAUGCCUCUGGUCUAA